AUGCUUCUCAUUGGCUACCGGUUCAAGGGAAUGUUGUCGGCAUCGGUGGAACGUAAGGCCGAUAGAAACAACCUUUCGCGGGGCAGCAGUUUCCAGUUUUCCCCAAGCAUUGUCUUUGGCGGCAGAUCGCAAACCCAAGUUAUACUUUGGUAUAUAUCUACCUAUCCUAAUCUUUUUAUUUCGACGCCCUCCGAACAAUAUUUUGCCCGGCGCGCACCCCAAGCGUCACCCACUCCCGCAAUAAUGAGCGACCUUGACAAGGCCAUUGCGCAACUGCGCGCAUGCCGACCGAUCCCAGAGGCACAAGUUCGUGAGCUCUGCCACAAAGCGCGUGAGCUUUUAAUAGAAGAGGGAAACGUCGUCACUGUAACGGCGCCAGUCACGAUAUGCGGUGAUAUUCAUGGCCAGUUCCACGACCUGAUGGAGCUAUUCAGAGUUGGUGGCGAUGUUCCUGAUACAAAUUACCUUUUCAUGGGCGAUUUCGUCGAUCGCGGUUUCUAUUCACUAGAAUCAUUUCUACUCUUACUCUGCCUCAAGGUCCGAUACCCCGACAGAAUGACUCUAAUUCGUGGCAACCACGAGUCUCGCCAGAUAACGACAGUCUACGGCUUUUACGAUGAAUGUAUAAGAAAGUAUGGCAGUGCUAAUGUAUGGCGCUACUGUUGCGAUGUCUUUGACUAUCUAGCGCUUGGUGCAAUCGUGCUGGGUGCCUCAAACACAAUGUCUCCUGGUGUGGAGCCUGUCGACGACGAGACUGAAAUCGAGGUUUGCGACCAGAACGGCUCCAUAAUGAGUCGAUUCCCCCGACGCCGACCAGAUGGAAGUUCGCAAGACCAGCUUCAAAGCCCAGGCGGAACGGCCAUGGAUAAAACUGGACCACCAGGCUCGGGCGCCUCAGGGUCCAGUGGCGGCUCAGUCGGAAAUCCAGCCGGGGCAGUACUCUGCGUUCAUGGUGGCCUAAGUCCCUUGGUCGAUACAGUGGAUAAGAUCCGACUGAUAGAUCGAAAGCAAGAAGUACCCCAUGAAGGCGCAAUGUGUGAUCUCCUCUGGUCCGACCCUGACGAGAUCGAUGGCUGGGGUCUCUCGCCGCGAGGAGCAGGCUUCCUUUUCGGUGCAGAUAUUGUCAAAGUCUUCAAUCACCGCAACGACCUCAGUCUCAUUGCACGCGCUCAUCAACUUGUCAUGGAAGGUUUUAAGGAAAUGUUUGACGCAUCCAUUGUCACUGUUUGGUCCGCUCCAAACUACUGUUACCGAUGCGGCAAUGUCGCUGCUGUCCUCGAACUCUCUGAAGAUGAGUCUGGCACGGGUCUUUUUGCCCGAAGCAACGGUGAUGUUGGGAGGAGUGAUGGCGGUGCUGGAGCUAUGAUGGACGGCAGUAUGCCCCCAAGGAGCGGACCUGCGCGACGCUACAGAGUCUUCCAAGCUGCACCUCAAGAUUCGCGAGGCAUGCCUGCUAAGAAGCCGGUUGCUGAUUACUUUUUGUGA